AUGUUCGCAUUUUUAUUAUUUAUUGCAUUCACUACUGCAACCAACGUUAUUCCUGAUAUCGAACAAGAAUUAAAAGACGUUGGCCUUUACGAUUUGUUUUCAAAGAAAGAGUCUAUUCAUGAAAAUGACAUAGAAAAUGAAGAAGAUAAAAAAAGUAGUUCAAACAGUGAAUUAGAUGAAAAUUCUAAUAACCAACCAGAUGAAAGCUCAAAUAAUAAACCAAAUGAAAGUUCUGAUAAUAAACCAAAUGAAAGUUCUGAUAAUAAACCAAAUGAAAGUUCUGAUAAUAAACCAGAUGAAAGCUCAAACAAUAAACCAAAUGAAAGCUCAAAUAAUAAACCAGAUGAAAGCUCAAAUAAUAAACCAGAUGAAAGCUCAAAUAAUAAACCAAAUGAAAGUUCUGAUAAUAAACCAAAUGAAAGUUCUGAUAAUAAACCAAAUGAAAGUUCUGAUAAUAAACCAAAUGAAAGCUCAAAUAAUAAACCAGAUGAAAGCUCAAAUAAUAAACCAGGAAGUAGUUCAGAUAAUUAUGAUAAUCUUGAUGCUGCAUCAAGUCCAUUCAUUGUUCUCUUUGCUAUUAUUGUGGUUAUCUUAUUCUAAAUUAAUUUAUUUGAAUUUAGUCUCU